GUUCUCGCUUUCUCUCGCGAGAUGCAGCGCGAUUGUCGCAGUUCGGCAUAAGGGUUUUCUAUUUUUAAAUAUUUAACUGCCUUUCAUUUCCAUUUAUUUUUAAACUUAAUUGUGUGCGUUUUUUAUUCAGUAGUAUAUGUUUAAAAUACCCAAACUUGUUUUUUAUGCACAACAGAAUACAUACCUUUGUUACAAACCACGACUUUUACUUUGAAAUAUAACAUUUAGGAAAUAACUACCCAAGACAUGUAAAAAGGAGGAACAGAAGUGAAGUAAAUGGACAUUGAUUAGCAGCUUGUAUAAAUGCUUUUAAUGCUCUAAUUCCAAGCUACCUUUCGAAUAAUUGUUUGAAAAAGUACAAGAUAUGGCCAAAUCACUUGCCUUUAACGUUAUAUUCAAUUGUAUUGUUGCAGUAUUUUCCGUUUUGUCAUAAUUUCCCCGGAGACAGGAAAAACAAACUUCUGUGCAGCUGACUGUCGACUCAGCAGUAGCAGCGAGUUUGUUAUGAUUCUUUUCCGUCGCAUACUAUAAUUGGAUAUCUGCAAAACCGCAGACUUCACACAACCUUAGACCAACUAGCUGUCUCAACUACUCUGCGUGGCACCGAUGCACCAGCACCCCCGUGAGUAACAUAUUCAUCCUCUCACUCGCUCCCUGUUUACCUAGGCCCUAAGAUCCUAUGGGUGUCCAGGGUCUGACCACCUAUGUGGAGGGGAACAGAAACUUCCUCCAAAAUGUGAAAUUCAGGGACAGUCGCCUGGUUAUUGAUGGCUGCAGUUUGUAUUUCCGCCUCUACUUUAACCACGGUUUGGACCAGCAGCAUGGAGGGGACUAUGAUGCUUUCGCUUGCCUGCUCACUCAGUUCCUGUCUGCAUUGGCGGCUUGCAACAUCCAGCCAUUUGUGGUACUGGAUGGAGGUAUUGACCCCAGUGACAAGAAGUUUCCCACUCUGCGUCAGCGUCUGCAGUCCAAGAUAAGAGAGGCAGACAGCCUCUCCCACGGCCGCAAUGGCUCUGUUCUCCCCAUCCUCACAAGAGAUGUCUUCAUUCAGGUCCUCAUCCAGAGAGGAGUGCCAGUGGUCCAGUGUCCAGCUGAGGCUGACUGGGAAAUUGCAUGUUUGGCUCACCAGUGGAACUGCCCAGUUCUGACCAAUGACAGUGACUUUUAUAUCUUUGACCUGCCAGGUGGUUACCUGCCACACCAUUUUUUCCAGUGGACCAACCUUAAUGGUAAAGCCUCUCACCGCUACAUCUCAGCUCGAUGCUACACCACUACCAGCCUGUGUCGCUGGUUCGGUGGAAUGAACAAGGAGUUGCUACCCUUAUGUGCCGUCCUGGCUGGUAAUGAUUAUGGCACUCCAAAAGAUACUGAAACACUCCUGGGUCUGUUAGAUGCGAGUGUAUUAGGGAGAGGUGGUGGCAGGGGUAAAGGUAGAGCAUCCACUUCCCGCAUUGAGGGCUUCCUUCUCUGGCUGUCCUCUUUUUCAAAUCCAGCGGAGGCCCUGGAGGAAGUGAGCAGGCUAAUGGGGGAGGAAGGUGGAGACGUUAGGGGCAAGAGAGGACAGAAGUCUGGGCUCAGUUCACAGCUGUGGGCAGGUAUGCAGGAGUACCACAUCGCCCCUCAAAGCUCUCUGGCUUGCUGGUUCUCUGGAGGUAAGGCAGCUCCUGGAGGGCGGACCUCUGGGCUGCCCGAGUGCCUGUCGCUGGCUGCAGCUCAGGGACUGUUGGCUCCCUUGGUGGUAGAUGCUCUGGUGAUGCACAGGGUCCUGCUCAUCCCACAGGUGGAGAACAGCAAGCUAGCCAGCAGCCAUUGUAGUGCCAGCACCAUACGCCAGGCUAUAUAUGGGAUAUUACUGCAGAGAGGCCCAGAUGUCCAAGCACGGGAUAUGAGGGUACAAGAAAAAAUCAGCCAUGGUACAAGAGGUGGGAGAGGGCGAGGGGGAAGGGGGCGGGGAUGUGGUCAGGUUGGUGGAGGUAGGGGUCAGGGCACACAGCAGGGUGUAAAUGUAGGAUUCAGCAUUGAACAAGCCGCUGGUGCAGCUACAGUGCAGGCUCAGGGCUCUACUGUAGAGGAGUACGGCCGUGUGGAUCUGAACUUGAAGAAAAACCAUGUAGAGGCACAUCCGCUCAGAACCCCCCUACGUCUAGACACACUUGGCCAGGCUCCUGUGGCGGUUCGUCUUGGUGUCCUGUUAGAAGUCUUAGGGAUGAAGGAGUCUUCUCUGGUUCCUGUUCCUCUUCACUUGAGGCUGGCUGUAGCAGUGACAGCCUUCUGGCUGCGAGAGGCCAUACCAACACCCUCACAGCCCCAGCUCCAGGCUUUGGUGCUGGGCAUGAUUUACGGAGAGCUGUCCUGGAACAACCAGCCUGGAGCUGCACACUACCAGCAUGCCGUCCCACAGCUAAACUGGGCUGCAGAGCGCAACGUCUGGGCAGGGCUGGAUCGACAACGGGUGAGGCCAGGGGAGAGACGGGGUUUGGAUGUCGGAGCGGCUCACAGUUUUAGCCAAUGGCAGGCCUGCCUCUGGAGCACACUGUGUCUCAAUCAGCUAUUACUGAUGCCACUGCCUGAACCCCACCUAUCAUGGUUGUACAGUGGUACCUUGGUGCAUGGCCUCUUCAGGUAUCUGAAGGAGGGCCGAGCUGCUGAAUCCCUCCUAGCCGGGGGUUCCAUGUCGGGACAACUCUACUCCUCCCUGCUGGACGCUGUGAGGAACUGCAGCUCCAAAACCCAUCCAUCCUCUUCGGCAGCAGGGAGGAGGAAGAGAGGUGGAGGCCGGGGAAUGAGAGGAAGAGGGGGGCGUGGGAGAGGAGCAAGGGGAGGGGGGAGAGGGACUGAGGAGAUAAACAACAGGUUUGCUCUCCUGAUGAGCGACGAAGAGUCUGAUGACUAUUGAUGUGGAGGCAGAGGAAAAUGAACUGAUCGAUAUGAAACACUUGCUAGGGCCCAUAUGAGGGAGGACAUUCCUGUGUUUUAUCAGACACACUCAGGGAAUGCUAUAAAUAGUAAUUUCACAAGUGAAGAACUACACCUGUUUCUGCUUUUAGCUGAUUUAUGAAAGCUUUUAUAUCACUGUAAUUGAUGCAUGUUUUCAAUCUGACACUUUUAAUCAGUUACAUCAACACAAGAUGUAAACCGUAAAUGCAGAACAUUACUUAUUUUAUCAUCUCUGACCACAAAGUUGUAUGGCAGCUAUUGUCAUCUUAAUAAGCAACUCAUUAAAUCUUAUUUUAUUGCAGAUGCCUUCAUACUUAUGAAUUUGGUGUUCAUCUUUCUACAAUAAAAAAAAUAUAAAUCAAACGUGA